UGGCUUAAAGCAUGUUUGGUUCCUGCAGAAGCAGUGUGGCCGAAGAGAAAAAACUCCGUAGCACUAUGGCAUUCCAAAGUGGAGACGCCCAGGUCAGCAAGUCAAUGCCUUUCCCACCACCAACUCGAUCCAGGAGCACUUCGGUGGGAAGCUCUGAAGAGAACCUGCGUGAAGAUGAUCGCACAAGUCCUCGGUCUCUUCAAUAUCCCUCCUUAUUGGAUGCUAAAACAAAGGGACAGGAGGCAGAAGUCAAGGCAACAUGGCCAAAGUCAUCAUCAGGUGUUUUGGGCCUCCCUGACAUCGAGUACCCUUUGCCCUGGCAACUCACCGGCCAUGUGCGAGAGACCAUGUCCUGCCCAAGCAGUGAAAUCGGUGCGCCACCGGGUCUCGAACACCUGGGAAUCCCUGUGUUGCCAAACUCCUCCCCUGCGAGCAUGGUUGAAGUGGAACCUCCACCAGGCUUGCGUGAGCAGUCCAUUGAGCUGGACUGUGGUGACGGUCGUCAGAUUCUGAUCCCGACGGUGCACUCCAAUGUGCCACCACCCCCAGCUCACUCGCCCACCUUGCCAGAGUCUUUGAAAUUCGACCUCUGGCAAGGCCCGAUGGGCGCGAUGGACCUACCUGAUGUGCCCCUGCCACUCUUGGCGAGUCUGGGCUCUUUGAAUCAUGGAGUUGGCACUUGCAAGCCUUGCGCCUUCAUACAUACAAAGGGAUGCUCAAGUGGGGCUGACUGCACCUUCUGCCAUUUGUGCCCACCUGGCGAGAAGAAGCGCCGGGCUAAGAUGACAAAGCAAAUUGCCAAGAUGGUAGAUGGAGCGGUGUCUUGUGGAAAUCAAUUGCUUCCGUCCGCUGUGUAGUAUGCGGAUGUAUAUAGACAGACACUUGAUUCUAAUCCCUCAUGUACAGCUUUGAAGGGAUGCUGCUUUCUUGGCUUGGAUCGCUGUCGGGCAUGCAUGAGAAGGGCGCUAAUGAUUAAUUACACUUG